UGAGUGAGUGUGUAGGGGAAGUGAGUGAGUGUGAUUUGGGACGCGUCCCGGGCAGGUCCCUGCUCUCCUAUUAGCACAGCUGUUAAACUUCCCUGAGCGCUGAUUUUUUCCUCCGUGUGUCAAGAAAAGCUUCAGCUGCUCAGGUCUCCUGUGAGAGCGGCGAGCGACGGGCCACACCCGGCACCUCCUCGCCCCGGGACUGUGGAACCCGGACCUGAUCAGACAGAGCAGUAUGGCUCGAGGACACCAGAAGAUCCAAUCUCAGCAGAAAAACGCCAAGAAGCAGGCCGAGAUCAAGAAGUCGAAAGGCCACGACCAGAAGACGGCGGCGAAGGCUGCGCUGGUGUACACGUGUGGAGUCUGCAGGUCACAGAUGCCGGAUCCGAAAACGUUCAAGCAGCAUUUCGAGAGCAAACAUCCCAAAAAUCCUCUUCCUCCGGAGCUGGUGGGUGUGGAAGCCUGAGCGUCGCUUCUCAAACCUGCGCUGCGGCUUCGCGAUCAAAGACUGUUAAUGGUGUCAACUGUUUCCCCAACGGCAAAAAAACUACACGCAGACGUCCGUCUGUCUGUCUGUCUGUCUGUCUGAUCAAAUCCACACUGUUUUGGUGUUUAAUCCGUCUGACACACUGCUACGCUGAUUUACAGUGGGGCUGCUAAUAAACGGGUGACGGGUGUGUGUUCACGAUAUAAUUAUACAAGUACCGUAUUUUCCGGAUUAUAAAGACUAAUCUAUAAUACAGUGUUACGACAAAUAUUUAAUAACUCUUCCAUUAUCGUAAUGUUUCAUCUGCUCAUUUUUCAGUGUUUCACAUUCAUGUUCCUGCCUCCGUUUUUACCUUCUAAAGCUACGUAUUAUUUUAAUAAUUGGCGUCUUUUAAAUCGCUGAGUAUCGCGAACAUUGCAAACAUUACGGAACAAAAACGACGCUUUAUAUUGAUGUUAUUUAUACACCAGAGUGACGUAAGUAUUUAUGAUUUUUUUUUUCCUCUCAGGAGACAGGCGGAAUUUUAAAAAUUGGACCUCGUACUCCGGAAAAUACGGUAAUCGAAAUCAAAACCUGUGGUUUGCUGGAUUUUAUUGAAGACAUGGAUAAACGUGAAACUGUUUCCUAAUUUCUCAGAGAUCACUGGAUGUAGAUGAGGGUGAUGACCACUAUCCUCCUUUAAUUUCGCUGCAAAAAUACUAAUUAUUCAUCACUGGAAUCGUGUUCAGAGAUCUGUAUUUAAGAUAAUGUUCAUGCUUCAGUGACCUGGUUCCUGCGCCAAUGUAAUAUAAAAUUCUAAUAAAGUUUAAUUUUGUUUACAAA